AUGAAACGGGUUGGAAUUUCCCAGAGGAAGAUCCAUCAUUUGAUUUUAAUUUUGAUUUUCCUUGUCUUGUUUGUGAUUAAUAAUUAUGAAUUAUUAAUUAAUAAUCAUAAUGCUGAUUUGGGAUCAUCACCAGAGGCAGUGUUCAUGGGAGGUCUUGUUAAUGGUGCUUCUUAUCGAUUUUUAGGUGAAUUAACCAAUUCAACCAAAACAAAUGUUUCUGCAGUCUAUGUAGAUGCACAAUCAGGUCAAUCAUUCACUAAUUAUACUGUAUCGACUUCAACUUCAACGAUUGGUUUUGGAUCAUUUUCAUAUACCUAUGAAAGUGAUGAAUUUUCAUGGCAAAUUGUGAUGGACAAUGAAUUGCCUUCAUUUACCAAUACGAGUAGUAGUAUUUCAUUGAGAUAUUAUCGAUUGGUACAUAAGAAUAUAUUGCUGACUGAUUUAUCAAAGAAUUUAUUUAUUAGUGUGGAGAAUAUUUCGACAGUGUUGACUCCUCUCAAUCUGUUGAAUGGAUCUAAUGGAUUGGAUAUUAGUGUGAAUGGAAUGCUUAUUAGAUUGAAUGGAACAACUAAGGGAAAGUACUCCAAUUCAUCAAAAUUGGUGGAUAUUCCUGAAUUGUUUACAUCUUCCUAUUCAUUACAAUUGUUUUCAAUUCAAUUGAAUACAUCAAAAUUACAAGAUAAUAGUACCUAUCCUGCAGUGGUAGAUCCAUCGAAAAUUUUGGUCAAUUACACUCAACUCAAAGGAAAGAAUCCAACAUAUUCCUACCAGGUUCUCGAAUCAGUGAAGGAAUAUAUCAAGGUUCUUUCAGUAACCACUGUUUCAUUGAAGAAUUUGUGCAGUUCUUCCUCUCCUAUUGUGGCCUUUACGUGGGGCUCUUGGAAAUUGUGGUUCGUUUUGGCCAUUGUCAUUCUAAUGUUGCUCAUGCUUGUGGCUUCAUGGUGGAGGCCAUACUUUAUUGUUUUCAUGACUUUGGUCAUUUUGAAUCUUUCAGGAAUAAUUAACCUUACACAAACUCUGAGUGGUUUCUCUAAUGAUGGUAUGCUGACAGUCUUGCUGCUCUUCCCUAUUGUCCAACCAUUAUCGGAGAAUUCAUUAGUAUUGAGAGGAUCCAAGUUAGUAUUUGGUACAGCCAAGUAUGGUUUAUGGUUGUGUAUGCUUAGAUUAUGUUUGGUUAUUUCAGUAAUUAGUCCUUUCAUUAAUAAUACUCCAAUUGUCGUUACAGCCCUUCCAAUUAUUAAAGAUUGGGCCAGAGAAAAUAACAUUGCUGCCUCCAAAUUCUUAAUGGCCAUGUGUUAUAUUACAACAGCUGCAGGCUUAAUGACCUUGAUUGGUACCAGUACAAACAUUGUGACCAAUGGUCUAUUUACUGCCUACGGUUAUGAGGCUUUCACAUUCUACGAAUUUUUCUACAUUGGAUCAAUUUUGACAUUUAUUACAAUCAUUUAUUUGUGUACAUAUGGAUUGUGGGUCUCUCCAAAUAGAAAAGGUGGUAUGUUUAGAUUGGCCAGAGAAAGAGGUGAACAAUUCUUGACAAAACUUGCAGUCGAAAGAAGGAAUUCACCUUUAAUUGGUAAGAACAAGACCAAAGUUAUUACUUAUUUGGGAUUGGACAAGUUGGAAGUUGUUGAAAUUAUCAGAAAAAAGACCAAACAAGCACCAGCCGCCACACCAUCCAAUGACCGAUCGAAUACUGAUUCACCAACUAGGGUGGAGGUGACCACAAUUAUGAGUUCAAACGAUGAUGACAAUUUGGAACAUAUUGUGCCAGUUCCUGACGAUUUGACCAUUCAACUCUAUGAUACCAUCAUUUUCAAAGGUCAUCCAACCAAUAUUUUAAAACUCCACUCCAUGGUUGGUGUUUCACAAAAUAUUGAACAAGAUCCAAAGGAAGAAUCCAACAUUUUGCACACCAUGUUGGGAACUGAAAAUUUACAAAUCGAUACCAAUGUAAAUAAUGCAAACAAUACAGAAAAGAAGAGUCCACUUUCUCCAAGAAAGCCAUCAACUGCUGAAGAGAAUGAUCAAGAAGUUGUUGUGGAAAUUAGUGAUAGUGAGGCUGCUUCUACCAAUGAUUUGAUUAUUGGUGAGACAAAUUCUACAGAGGAUCAAUUUUCCUCUGCACCACCAAUUCCAAAAACCUCAUUGAAAAAUAAGAUUAAGGAACAAAAUCUUCAUGAAAUGGUUCUCAAAAAGUCAGUUGAAGAAGAAGAAAAGAGAAAGUCUUCUGUUGAAGAAGAGACUGAAAUGGAGGAAAUACAAAUUCCAAAUGAUGUGGAAAUUCCAUCAAACCCUACUGAUUCAGAAAAAAGAAUAGACACAAUUGACAAUACAGAAAAUAAGACAGUCGACACUACAACUGAAAGUAAAAAGAAGGAGGAUGCCUCUGAAGCAGAAUCUGAGAAUGAACCAGAAUUUUUCGAAGUGGUCAUUAGUACCUUCAACCCAUGCAUGGGUGAAUUAUACUCUGAUUUUGAAAAGAGAUAUGGAGUUGUCAUUCUUGCAGUUCGUCACAAUAAGGGUCUCGAAACUAAAACAGAUAUCACUGAUUUCAAGACUACAAAGGUUAAAGCAGGAGAUACUUUAUUACUUAUUGGAAAGGCUGAUUUCUAUUCCAAAUGUAAUGUUUCACCAAAGGAGAAGAGCAAACAUCAAAAAUUUAUUGUCAAGAUUCCAUUCACAAAGAAAUCAGUCAACUUGUGGUGGUGGGAACACUUGAUUUUCCCAUUCUUUAUUGCAAUGAUUGCUGUUGCCAUUGCUGGAUAUUCAAUGCUUCAAUGUGCUAUGGUUACUUUGUGUGUUGUAAUUAUUUUCAGAUUAAUCAAUCCAAUUAAGGCAAUUGAAUCUAUCGAGUGGCCACUUAUUGCCUUGAUCGGUUCUAGUUUUGGUAUUGGUACUGCAAUUACUCAAUCAGGUAUGGGUGAGGCUCUUGCAGAAUUAUUAAGAUUGAUGAAUGUUCCAGUUAUUCUACUUCCAGCAUUUGUCGUUUUCAUUACUCUAGUAGUGACUGCUGUCAUUACCAAUAAUGCUGCUGUGGCUGUUUGUUUCCCAUUGGCUAUGGCUAUUGCUAGAUCGUACGGUUUAAAUCCUCGAUGCUUUGCCAUGUGUGUCUGUAUUGCUGCCUCCUCUGUAUUUGCCACUCCAAUUGGCUACCAAUGCAAUAUGAUGAUUAUGGGACCUGGUGGUUAUUCCUUUAUCGAUUAUGUGAAAAUUGGUUUACCAUUGACAAUUAUUUACUUUUUCGCCGUUAGUACAUUUGUUCCACUCAUUUGGGGAUUGGAAGUUCCAAACUUUUAAAAUAUUUGAAAAUAUUACAAUAUUAGAAAUAAUUAUUUAUUUUGAAAUAUAUAUCACUUUUGGAUAAUAUACAAAUAGUUCAAACUUCUUUCCUUUUACAGAAAAUCAAACAGCUCCAAAUAAAUACUGUUAAUACAAUUGCC